AUGAAAGAUUCUGAAGAGACUUCAACAGCCGUCAAUGUGUUUCCAGGAGAUCUCCUUGCCCCCACGUAUAGCAACUCCAGCGACCCUGACCACCUCCUAGCUCGCUCAGAGUUUGAGCGUCGAGGUCCCUACACGGCUCUCCUUGAGAGGAAUCUGGCGGGUGGACGUGAGCACCCUCUGUUUGGUCUGGUGAGGGAGUGUCUGACCAAUACCCCAGAGAGAAGACCGACCACGGUUGAGCUCCUCUCGUCUCUGGAGGAGGUGGGGAGGGAGAUGGACGGAGGACUGCUCCAGCUGGACAUUGCACGAGUGAAGACUGCCAGGACCCUCAGGGCAAAGGAGAAGAGGAUAGAGGCUCUACAGAGAGAGGUAGUUGAGAAGGACAAGAUACUGGAGAGGAAAGAUGAGCAAUUAACUGAGAAAGAUGCACUUUUAGUGGAAAAAGACAAUCAACUUGAACAACAAAGAUACCAGAAAGAUGCACAAGUAGAUACUCAGCUUGCUAUACAGCAACAGAUAUUGAAUAAUGUCUGUGCCACCAAAGAUGGCAUGAUUGCUAACAAGGACAGACAACUCAGUGAACAAGAGUCAAGGAUCACUGAUCUCAUUUCCCAGAGAGAGGCUGCUCUAGUUGAGAGGGACGCUCUCUUACAGGCACACAGGGAACAGAUUGAGCACAAAGAUGCUGAGCUGGUUAGGAGAGACGCCAUCAUUCAACAGCAGAGACAGGGUCUCCCUUCCAGAGAGUUGCUCACUUUGAAAUGGAGAAGAGGAAAAGACAUGCCAAUCAAGAUGAGUGGCUCGAUACAGAGUGUUGUUAUCGGUGACACGGUGUAUGUUGGUGGAGGGCUUGCAGUCAAUGAUCAUGAUAUGUGUACAGUGAUGAAGCUCGAGCAAGAUCAAUGGACCAAACUACCAGAGUACACUUCCUAUUGGUUCGCUAUGACAUCACUCGCUAAUCGACUAGUGCUGGUGGGAGGACGUGAUCCAAAAUCCUGCAAUCAACUUUCUAUCUUUGAGUCAGGGGAAUGGGCUCAUCCGUACCCACCAAUGAACAUUGCUCAUUCUUCCUCAACAGCUGUCUCCUUCAACAACCACAUCAUUGUAGCUGGUGGGCGUGAUGAUAAAGACAAGCGUAUCUCCUCUGUGGAGGUGUUGGAUGUGGCAUCAAGAAGAUGGUACAUUGCUCAGUCACUACCUCACCCACGAUCAACACUGAAAUCAACUCUCAUAGGAAACACCCUCUACCUAAUGAGAGGGAGCGAUUACACUGAAAGGGCAACUAAGACAGUGCACCACGUCGACCUCAAUGAACUGAUUGCAAAGACCCUUUCCAACUUGGACACAUCCACUCUCUGGCAGACCUUACAAGAAGUACCACUCAAGUUCUCAGCUCCUCUCAGUAUUGGGAGGUCACGAUUAGCCGUUGGUGGACGGGACGGCCGAGGCAGCCCAAGUUCAUCGAUCCACCUCUACCAUCCUGACACCAGGAGGUGGGUGAAAGUGGGAGACCUGCCUACUGCACGAUACAACUGCACAUGCUCAGUACUUCCUAGUGAAGAGGUCAUUGUAGCCGGAGGACAUGCAAACACUGAUUACAUUGAAAUUCACUGCAAAAAAUUUUGUUUGAAACUACAUUGCAUAAUCGUUUUAACAUUAUUCUUAAACAGUUGAAUCAACUUAAUAUUUAGUAAAAUAAAAAGACAACGUUAAAAUAAUCAGUAUAUGUGGUUUUAACUUAAAAUAUUGUAGAAUCACACAAUGUCUUUUAUUUCUACAAUAAUUUACAUAGAAUCUAUUAUUGAUAUCUUAAAUCAAACUAACAAACUCAUUUUGAUUAAAUUAUAUUUGAAACUCUAUCAUGCAGCAUGUUAGAAUACAAUAUAUAAAUUUAGAUUUAACAAUAAUAAUAUUAAUUUUGU